AGUGAGAAAUAGAGUGAACUUGGAGAUCCCUAGCUUGAUUCAAUAAAGAAAAAAUUCAGAAACGGGAGCGAAAAUUGAUUUUGGGGGGAGAAGCGAAAAAGGGAUUAGGGUUUAGGUAGUCAUCUCUUCGACAUGGCUGGAGUUUCAAUUUCAGAAGCUUCAGGCCAAGUAAAUGGGUCGAGUAGUGCUCUCUCGCAAAAGAGACAACGCUCUUUGGUAUCUCCCGGUGGCGACGGAGCGAAGAAACGCUCGCUGAUGCUGAUGGACUCAGAUCUUCUCGACUGUCCCAUUUGCUAUGAACCAUUGACAGUUCCCAUCUUCCAGUGUGAUAAUGGACACUUGGCUUGCUCUUCUUGCUGUCCCAAAUUGAGUAAUCACUGCCCUUCUUGUGCUUCCCCCAUUGGUGACAAAAGAUGUAGAGCAAUGGAGAAUGUUCUUGAAUCGACCUUUGUCCCAUGCCAAAACGCCGAGCUAGGUUGCACUAAGAACGUCUCUUACGGGAAAGAAUCAACCCAUAAGAGGGAAUGCAACUUCUCUCCUUGCUCUUGUCCGGUUCAAGACUGCAAUUUCAUUGGCACAUACAAGGAUCUAUACGUUCACUACAGAAUUACCCACUCGAAAAAUUACUUGUUAGAUAGGUUCACUUGUGGAGUUUCCUUCAGCACGCAGUUGAACAUCAAGAAUGAGACAGUAAUUUUGAGGGAAAAUAGUAAGUAUCUGUUGUUUACAAUGCACUGUUUCAGGAAGCCGUAUGGUGUUAUUGUUACAAUAAGCUGCAUCGCACCAUCUGCUCCAGAAGUUGGAGAAUUCUCAUACCAUCUCUCCUACACUGUGGAUGGGCACACUUUGACUUACGAAUCCUCAAAGGUUAAGAGGGUUCUUGAAGUGAGCUGUCAAACCGGUCAAGAGAAUUUCAUGUUGAUUCCUCACUGUUUGUUACGUGGGGAUUUGUUGAAGAUGGAGCUUUGCAUCAGAUCAAGAAGAUCAAUAACCGAGCAAGAAGGGUAGGUCAUAUAGAAGAAGGUCCUUUUUUGUUUCUUUUAUAUCCCUCCUGCGGAAACUCUAUCUAGUGUAGGAAUUAGUAAAAUCGAUAUAUGUACCCCAAAUUGAUGUUAAUAUGCACGUUUUGGCAUGAUAUAUAUAUAACUAAAAUAUGUUCUGAGGCAUAAACAUUUUUGGCUUUAGGCUUGGUUUAUUUGGUUUUGAGAAAUGGACCAAAUUGGAUUAUACCCUUAUCCGGUAACAAAAUCUAGCUAGUUUCAGUGUU